AUGGUGCAGAAUAUCAGAGACAUGGAUGAACUAAAAACCUUUUUGAGAAGUGCCGGAAACAAACUUGUGGUAGUUGAAUUUUCAGCAACAUGGUGUGGUCCUUGCAAAAGGAUUUAUCCUCUUUUUCAUGCAAUGUCUCUGCAGUACCGAAACGUAAUGUUUGCCAAUGUAGAUGUGGACAGUGCUCGGGAGUUGGCCAGAACUUAUCACAUCAAUGCAAUACCCACAUUUCAGAUGUUCAAGCAAACCCAAAAGGUAAACCUAUUCUCAAGAAUCAAAAGAGCAAUUUGCUGUUAUGGAAGUGGAUCCCUGAGCACACCGUAUCUUGCAGAUGAUGGAAAUGAGAGGAUAAAUUGA